CUGAUCAAUUAUUGUAAAUCCACACAGAUAAUCUUGAAUAAAUCAGUCACUUUAAUCUGUUUCAAUUAACUUUUGUGUUACAGUGAAUUCCAACAUAUGGCUGAAGCUUUCCUUCAAGUUCUGCUAGGCAAUAUCACUUCUUUCAUCCAAGGGGAACUUGUAUUGCUUUUCGGUUUUGAAAACGACUUCAAAAAGCUUUCAAGCACAUUUUCUACGAUCCAACUUGUUCUUGAAGAUGCUUCAGAGAAGCAACUGAAGGACAAGGCGAUAGAGAAUUGGUUGCAGAAACUCAAUUUUGCUGCAUAUGAAGUCGAUGACAUCUUGGAUGAAUGUAAAAAUGAGGCAGCAAGAUUCAAUCAGUCCUUAUUAGGGUGUAUUCAUCCUAAGAUCAUCAUUUUUCGCUACAAGCUCGGAAAAAGAAUGAAAAGAAUGAUGGAGAAACUAGAUGCAAUUGCUGACGAAAGAAGGAAGUUUCAUUUGCGUGAAAAGAUUGUCGAGAAACAAGCUACUAAACGUGAAACAGGUUUUGUUUUAGCAGAGCCAAAAGUUUAUGGAAGGGACAAAGAGAAGGAUGAGAUGGUGAAAAUCUUGAUAAACAGUGUUAGUAAUGCCCAAGAACUAUUAGUGCUCCCAAUACUUGGUAUGGGGGGACUAGGAAAGACGACACUUGCCCAAAUGAUCUUCAAUGAUCAGAGCGUGACCUCACAUUUCAAUCUAAAGAUAUGGGUUUGUGUCUCAGAUGAUUUUGAUGAGAAGAGGUUGAUAAAGGCAAUUGUAGAAUCUAUUGAAAGAAGGCCACUUGGUGAAAUGGACUUGGCUCCCCUCCAGAAGAAGCUUCAGGAGUUGUUGAAUGGAAAAAGAUACUUUCUCGUUUUAGAUGAUGUUUGGAAUGAAGAUCAAGAAAAGUGGGUUAAGAUAAAAGCAGUCUUAAAGGUUGGAGCACAAGGUUCUUCUAUUCUAGCCACUACUCGUCUUGAAAGGGUUGGAUCAAUUAUGGGAACUUGGCAACCAUAUCAGUUAUCAAUUUUGUCUCCAGAAGAUUGUUGGUUGUUGUUCAAGCAACGUGCAUUUGGCCACCAAACGGAAACAAAUCCUGACCUUGAGGGGAUUGGAAAAGAGAUUGUGAAAAAAUGUGGGGGUGUGCCUCUAGCAGCCAAGACUCUUGGAGGUCUUUUACGCUUCAAGAGGGAAGAAAGUGAAUGGGAACAUGUGAAAGAUAGUGAGAUUUGGAAUUUACCUCAAGAUGAAAAUUCUGUUUUGCCUUCCCUGAGGCUGAGUUAUCAUCACCUUCCACUUGAUUUGAGACAAUGUUUUGCAUAUUGUGCGGUAUUCCCAAAGGACACCAAAAUAGAAAAGGAAUAUCUCAUCACUCUCUGGAUGGCACAUGGUUUUCUUUUAUCAAAAAGAAAUUUGGAGCUAGAGGAUGUGGGUAAUGAAGUAUGGAAAGAAUUAUACUUGAGGUCUUUCUUCCAAGAGGUCGAAGAAUAUAAAUUUGGUAAUACUUAUUUCAAGAUGCAUGAUCUCAUCCAUGAUUUGGCUACAUCUCUGUUCUCAACAAACACAAGGAGUAGCAAAAUUCGUCAAAUGAGAGUAGCACAGAAAAAUACAAUGUCCAUCGGUUUUGCUGAAGUGGUGCCUUCUUAUUCUCCUUUAAUCUUGAAAAGGUUUGUCUCGCUAAGGGUUCUUGAUAUGAAAUUUUCAAAGUUUGAUCAGUUAUCAUCUUCCAUCGGAGAUCUAAUACAUUUAAGGUUGUUGAACUUGCAUGGCAGUAGCAUUCGUAGCCUUCCCAAGAGGUUAUGCAAGCUUCAAAAUCUGCAGACACUUGAUAUAUCAUGUUGUUUCUCACUUUCUAAUAUUCCAAAACAAACAAGUAAACUAAGCAGUCUUAGAAAUCUUGUGUUCAAGGGUUGUCAAAUAACUUCUAUGCCACCAAGAAUAGGAUCAUUGACAUGCCUUAAGACUCUAGAUUACUUUAUUGUGGGCGAGAGGAAAGGUUAUCAACUUGGUGAACUACGGAAUCUAAACCUACAUGGUUCACUUUCAAUCACACAUCUUGAGAGAGUGAAGAGUGAUACGGAUGCAAAAGAAGCUAAUUUAUCUACCAAAAAAAAAUUGUACAAUUUAUGCAUGAGUUGGGAUAUUAGGCCAUAUGGAUAUGAAUCAGAAAACAAUUUGGAUGAAAAAGUGCUUGAAGCCCUCAGACCACAUUCCAACCUGAAAUCACUAAAGCUCAUUGGCUUCAGAGGUUUUCAUUUUCCAAAUUGGAUGAAUGCUUCGGUUUUGAAAAAUGUCGUCUCUAUUGAAAUUGAAUGUGAAAACUGCUGGCGUUUACCACCGUUUGGAGAGCUGCCUUGUCUAGAAAGUCUAAAGUUAUACAAAGGAUCUGCGGAGGUAGAGUAUAUUGAAGAGGAUGAUGGUUAUUCCACAUCAAAGUUCCCAUACUUGAAACGACUCGCUAUAGAAAGGUUUCCAAAUCUGAAAGGACUGCUGAGAAGUGAAGGAGAAGAGAAAUUCUCCAUGCUUGAAGAAAUGGAAAUUUGGCAUUGCCCUAUGUUUGUUUUUCCAGCAUUCUCUUCUGUCAAGAAAUUGGAUGUCUGGGGGGAAAUAGAUGCAACAAGUAUUAGCUCCAUAUCUAAGCUUACCACUCUUACGUCCCUCUCUAUUGAUCAUAACUUCAAAGCAACUACUCUCCCAGAAGAGAUGUUCAAACGCCUUGUAAAUCUUGAGUCCUUGAGCAUUAUAUACUUCAAGAAACUCAGAGAGUUGCCAAGCAGCCUGGCUAGCCUCAAUGCUUUGAAGUGUCUGAAAAUUCAUUAUUGUUACGCACUAGAGAGUCUCCCCGAACAAGGGUUGGAAGGGUUAACUUCACUCACCGACUUAUACGUUCAAAACUGUGAAAUGCUAAAAUGUUUACCUGAGGGGUUGCAGCACCUAACAACCCUCACUAGUUUACAAAUUUAUGGCUGUCCAGCAUUGACAAAGCGGUGUGAGAAGGGGAUAGGAGAGGACUGGCACAAAAUUGCUCAUAUUCCUAAUGUAGAUAUUUGUUAGUCUUGAUCUGUUAUUCUUUCUGAAAUUCUUCUUUUGUUAGACAUUGUUCUUUAUUAUUAACUUUGAUAAUUAUAUCCAUUUUGCUCUAUUUAACAAUAGACGAUCUUCAAUUUUUUCCAGAUUUAUCAAAGUAACCUGCAUU